AAAAGUCGAUUAUUCGAUUAAUCGAAAGUUAACAUACCUAUUCCUAUUAUUUACCUAACUUUUGUUUAUUUGCCGGCUGAAAGUUCAUGAUCUUAAGUUAUUAUUUAUUCCCUAAAUAUAUCAAGUGUAAAACCAAAAGGAAGCUUUUCCAAUGGAGGAUGAACUAAUCCCCCGUUUGCCUGUUGAUCAAGAAAGCAUCGAUUUCGGAGAAUGGCAUAUAGAAUAUUUCAAAUCGCAUAUUUUAAAAAGUAUUUGCUCUAAGGGGCAAGACGCACACUGCAACAAAGAUGAGGACGAUUGUUGUGAAUUGUGCACAUAUCGAAAUGCUCUGGAACUGCCACAUCUUCCGGAUAUGGUGUUUCACAAAAACAAACUUGUCUUAACACACCGUGAUGGAGCUAGUUUGGAAUUUCUUCCAAUGGAGUCUUUGCGCUUGGUGGAAAAUGGAAAACAACCAUUGCAAGUAGCCUGCGCACAAGAGUGGAAAGAGAGCCGGCCUGAGAGUUUAAUGGAAGAAAAAUUUAAGCCAUUCGAUUGGACUUUUACCACCGAUUACCAGGGGACCCCCAACGAGAAAUUUAAUAUAGAAAAAACAGAACAACAACUCAAUAAGUUCAAGUUGAUGCAAAGAGAAAAAAUACUUUUCUACCAUGAUUUGACACUUUUUGAGGAUGAACUGCAUGACAAUGGAAUAUCGUCGUGUUCCGUGAAAAUACGAGUUAUGCCAUCGGGAUUUUUCAUACUACUGAGGCACUUUUUACGUGUGGAUAAUGUCCUUUUGAAAAUACACGAUACCCGUUUUCACUAUGAAAUUGGUAACAACUACAUUUUUAAAGAGUUUACUAUGCGCGGAGCGUCUUAUGAGGAAUUGAAAAGUGUUCCACCUCCCUAUUUUACUAUUCCUAAUGAAAUUGAACAACAUAUGCCUAUAAAGAAAAAGGAAACAUAUAAACUAAUUUUUAAAUAAGAUCUAUAAGCAACAAUUACGGCUUAAUUGCUUGUCCAGCAGAAUAAAAACGUUAUGGUCAUUUAUGUAUAACCCAUACUGGUGUUACUGGAGCAACAACGUUAAAACCAGUUCUAAUAUGAUUACCAACAAUGUAAAUUUGAUUUUAUUAAAUAUUUUUUAUAUGUAAACAUAUGAAGACCAAAAUAAAAUGAGUUUUGAACAUA